CCUCCAGGCCCCGCCCCCCAGGCCAGCGAGCAUGGUGGUGCUAAAGGGCGUCCCCGCGGUGCUGUCCCCGGAGCUGCUCUUCGCGCUGGCGCGGAUGGGGCACGGAGACGAGAUCGUUCUUGCAGACGUGAACUUCCCCACCUCCGCCGUCUGCAGGUGUGGCCCCGAGGAGAUCCGCGCCGACGGUGAGCCACCACCUCCUGCGCGGUGGGGUUGGGGAAGUUGGGCAGUCAUCCUGGACCUCGGCUCCCCAUCCAUUACCAAGCACCCACCAGUGACCCAGGAAAUCCCAGUACCAGAUCCUCGAGACUCUCCCUGCAGCCCCCAGCCCCCAGAGCUCCUGGAGGCCGUGCUGAAGCUGCUGCCACUAGACACCUAUGUGGAGAGCCCGGCUGCUGUCAUGGAGCUGGAGCCCAGUGACCGGGAGAGGGGCCUCCAGACCCCGGUGUGGAGAAGCUACCAGUCCAUCCUCCUCGGAGCUGGCUGCACAAGCACCCUGGCAAAGAUAGAGAGAUUUGAGUUUUACAACCGGGCCAAAAAGGCUUUUGCUGUUGUAGCAACUGGGGAGACGGCUCUCUACGGAAACCUCAUCCUCAAGAAGGGGGUGCUGGCCCCCGAUGCCCUGCCCUGUUCUAGGCCUGUGAAGACCGCCCCAGGCCCAGAGAGGGACCUGGACUCCUGAGCCCGACAACGCUACCAGCAGGCCCACCCGGCAGCACCCAGGCCUCACCCAGCCGGAGGCUCCAGGGGCGGGUCCUGGGGUCCCCUGCUGACGGGGGCUGGGAUUCCUUCGAUUUAUGAAAAUGAUGGCAAAGUAUAGUGAUUGUGAAUGUUCCGUCUAAAGGUUUGAACAGCAGCUUUUUCUCACUCACAAAGGCCUGUGUGGUGCUGAGCACAAGGGAGGCCAUUGGCUUCUCAGAGAGCAGCCCCCCGCCCGCCCUCCAUGAACCCUCAGGUGGAAGUCAGGCCUCCCUCCUCCCAGUGGGUUUGGGCUGCCUGACUCGGCGAGUCCCUGGGCUUGGGGCAAGAGCUCACAGGUAGAGACCCUCAGGGGGGAAACCGCACAGAGGACCUGGGGGCCGGGGCUGUGACCUGGGGGCCUG